GUUGUUCGGAUGGGCGACGACGGUUCGAGGGUGGCCUAUUGUAGGAUGCAAGAAGGGGAGCCUAUCAUCGGGGAAGAGCAGGGGAACAGCAGCGAUCCCCACGAUGCUCAGCACUGGCGGGAGGGCGACACCGACGACAAAGCGAUAGCAGACGACGACAAGGGGCUGCACAUUUCGAACAAGGGAGACGUUCACUACGUGCCGGAUGAGCCGGAGGGGAAGUGGCUGCACUGGCCAACGCUGGCUGCCUACGUCGGCCCGGGUUUCCUAGUAUGCAUCGCCUACCUGGACCCGGGGAACCUGGAGGCAGAUCUCCAGACGGGGGCAUACACGGGCUACCAGCUGCUGUGGGUGUUGCUGCUGGCGCACAUCUUGGGCCUGGUGCUGCAGAGCUUGGCCGCCAGGAUCGGGGUGGUGACGGGCACACAUCUCGCGGACGUGUGCCGGAUGCACUACGACCGGCCCGCCGCCUUGCUGCUCUGGGUCAUGAUGGAGGUGGCCAUCAUCGGCAGCGACAUCCAGGAAGUGUUGGGUUCGGCCAUCGGACUGCAGAUUCUUUUCGGCAUCCCUCUCUGGGUGGGCUGCCUCUUGACAGCGUUGGAUACCUUUACGUUCCUCUUCAUUCACGUUUUCGGCGUGCGGAAGCUCGAGGCGUUGUUUGUGCUCCUGGUGUCGAUCAUGACGGUGGCCUUCUUCAUCGACUUCUUCAUGAGCCCGCCAUCGCCGGCAGACGUUGCGGAGGGCUUCUCCUUCACGGCGGAGUCGUACGCGACGGUGCCGGCGCUGGGGCUGAUCGGGGCCGUCAUCAUGCCCCACAACAUUUACCUGCACUCCGCCUUAGUGCUCUCGCGCUUGGUGGACAGGACGAGACCUAGGAAGCUGUGGGAGGCAACCAAGUACUACACCAUCGACAGCGGGAUCGCGCUGAUGGUGGCGUUCAUGAUCAACCUUGCCGUGGUCUGCACGUUCGCCAAGCAGUUCUACGACGAGACCUGCGCCACCGCGUCUAAGCCGUCGGCCUGCUUCGUCGGGGACUCGAUCGAUCCCACGCAGCCGUCUUACGGCAGCUGCGACGCGGACGGCACGGGGCUUUGCCAAGAGAUAGGGCUCUCGGCAGCGGCGGCCGCGCUGCGGGGAACGCUAGGGUCAUCGGCGAAGUACGUGUGGGCCGUUGGUUUGCUGGCGGCAGGCCAAAGCAGCACCAUGACGGGGACGUACGCGGGGCAAUUCGUCAUGGAGGGCUUUCUGCAACUUAAGAUUCCCAAGUGGCAGAGGGUUCUGGUAACGCGACUUAUCGCUCUAGGCCCCGCCCUGGCGGUGACGGUGUUCAUGGGCGGGGACAUCCGGGCGACCGACCGCUUGAGCGCGUGGCUCAACGUGCUGCAGAGCUUGCAGCUACCGUUCGCCAUCAUCCCGCUCCUGACGUUCUGCAACAGCCCGCACAUCAUGGGCGAGUUCACUAUUACCAGUUCCAUGACGGCCUUCGUGUGGAUGGUGUCGAUCGGCAUCAUCGGGAUCAACAUCUCCAUCGUCGUGGGCUUCCUCUUCGACGAGGGCAUCCCGUCGGAGGGAGCGGCCGCCCCCUGGCUCUAUGCGUGCACGGCCAUUGGGGCUUCCCUUUACCUGGGCUUCAUCCUGUUCCUCAUGCGGGAGGACCUGCAGAAGCUGAGGCGGCGAGCCGAGUCGCUGUUCUGGGAGCUCGGCAGGCACGACAACGUGGGAUUCUACGCCUUGAACGAUAGCUGCCACCCCCGGAAUGGUGGCGGUAGGCCGGAGCUGUUGCGGUCGACGUCGGAUGACGGUAGCUUGAGUCCUCUGGAGCCGAGUGCGGGGUCCGAGCCGAGGCAUGAGGAAAUACAGGGGGCGGCGGUGGGGGAUGAGCGCCGAGACGCCGACGAUACGCGAGCAUAACAAACGUGGUAUGCAUGGCCGUUGUUCUUCUGUGCGCUUGUGUCGGCUGACGACGCGAUGGGUUCCGGGGGCACGCGGUUGGGUCGCGCGGGUAGGCAAGUCGUGGUGGUGGUAGUAGAGGUCGUGCACAAUUUUACCGAGAUGGUCGAUGCCCAGCCUACUGAACGUUUUAUAUUUUACGAUAAAUGUGUGCGUAAGUCUCAUCUAGCGGGCCGUUUCGAGCACCUUUUGAGCUGCGUUCGAAGGUAGCAGUACCGCGUCUUCUCGCAACAGCCCAUGCGAAGUAGACGCCGCAAGGCUGGCUGCACACGACGUGGCAUUUGAUUGAGAUGCCGGCCAGCAGGAGGCCAGUAACACAUGAAAUCUUAGCCACGUCACGUGGCGUUUUAUUGGGAUGUCGGCCAACGGGGCGCUAUCACGCAUCAAGGCUUUUGGAACACUUUCGCUUGAGCAUCAGGUCGCAGUUUACCGAACACACUAACGUAGUCUCGUCACUGUUUUUUUAACCGUUUGGUUGUCUUGUUGUUCUCCCGUUUUUUUAUCUCUUGAAUCGUUUUUUUUUUGUCUUUUCUUGUUUUUGCUUUCCCGUCUUUUUUGUUCCGGGUCGCCAGUGAAUUUUGUCGCGUCUAACGCCGUUCAGAAUGUUUUCUGACCAGGGUCAUGCCUUUUCCACGGUCGGUCUGCGCUCUUUUUGUAUGUCGCAAAAAGUGUUCAAUCAAACUUGUCCCCCGUUGUAGCAGCCUGGCGUGUUUUUGUACAACUCACCAGCAGUGCCACGCUUUUGGUAUGCACCAGUGUUUUUGCCGGGAUUUUGAACUCUGAACCUCUGGUAUCCCAAUGUUUUGGAGUAUGCCUUAAGGCAAUACUGGUGGACGACCCGUAGAUUGUGUGUCCACUGGCGUCCCGUCCGAUAUUCAGGCUACCUUGUGCGUCCAUUCACCGUCGCCGCGUGUUCGGCUGCAACAAAUAUCCAAGAACGGCCCUUAGCCCUUGUGAACUCUCCCAGGAUGGACACACUCACUAAUUUUCUUGGUUUUGCGGAAGAUGCGUUUUUGGUGGGAUGGAUGCGUGUAAUGUGUGUUGGGCUGCGUGUUGCUUGAUGUUGCCGUCGACCGCGCUGCCUAACGACGCAGAAGAAUGCAUGUGGUGUGUUUUGGCUGUUUCCACCCUUUCCUGGAGGUCAUGCGCCUUCGUGAAGUAGGCGUGCUGGGGGUGGGAUGGAGCAGCAAGAGUACGGACUCCCUGUUGCUUUUGUUUGUUGAGUGUGUGUGGGAGCGAUAUACGCAUGCAUGCUGAGGGGGGGGGGGUGUACUC